AUGGAUCCGAAUAUCCAGCUGUGGGAGGCUAACCCGGAGAUGAAAAACAUGAUUUGCGUUGUUCGUGAUGGAUUGAGAUGGCGGGUCACUCGGCAUCUAGGUGUCAGUAGAUCAGAGGUUCUUUGGCCGGCUGAUCUGGGGUCGUUCGUCGGUGGGCUUUUUGACAGAUGGCCGCUUAUAGAGUCAGACCUUGGUGGCUACCUUAAGAGAGCAGAAAACAACAGCGGCGGCUGGAUUUCAGAUCGAAAAGAAUCUGCAGGUCUCAACAUAUCUAACGAUGUCGUUGUGGAUCCGUCUUGUUGUGACCGGCUCUGCAGAGGCAAGUGGAGGCAGUUUAUCUGA